AUGAUUGCACGACAUAUUCAAAGAGAUAUAGCAAAUGCUGCAGCAAAUGAAAUUCUAGAUGCUAUUCUUAAAGAUAUUGGAGACUCGUCAUUUGCUAUCCUAGUUGAUAAAUCUCGUGAUAUAUCUGUUAAAGAACAAUUGCCAAUUGUGUUGCGUUAUGUAGAUAAGCUGGGCCAUGCAAUUGAACGUUUUUUAGGCAUUACACAUGUUCGCAAUAUCACAACUGUAGAAUUGAAGAAGACAAUUGAUUCAGUGCUUAGCAGGCAUAAUUUAAGUAUUAGCAGAUUUGAAGGACAAGGAUACGAUGGAGUUAGCAAUGUGCGAGAUGACUUGUUUGCGUCUUUUAAGAAGGAAAAAUUGCUUCGUCUUGCUAAAUUAUAUCCGAAUGAUUUUUCAGCAGUUCAACUUAUCACUUUAGACAACCAACUUGAAACAUAUAUCUUUGAUAUGCGUUCUAGUGAUGAAUUUGCAACACUCAAAGAGAUUGGACAACUUGCUGAGAAAUUGGUAGAGACGAAAAAGGAUGUCGUAUAUCCCUUGGUUUAUUCAUUGGUAACAUUGUCAUUGAUUCUGCCAGUUGCGACAACAACUGUUGAGAGAGCAUUUUCAGUAAUGAAUAUUGUUAAAAACCAUUUACGUAACUGA